AUGGCGACAGAAUCCUCUUCAAUGUCAUGGAUUAAGGAAAUGCGAAUAGUGAAUCAAGCGCUAAAAGAAUGCGAGAAAUCAUUGUCGUUUGGUGUGCGUAAGAAUUCCACUUGGUAUUGUGUCAAAACCGUCAGCUUACAAUUAUUUGAAAAUAUCUCUUCACGUGCGAUUAUACCUUUAUGGCGCGGUAUACGUUUCAUUAUACGUACACCAUUGCCUGAUGAUAAUGGAGAGAAAGAACGUGUUCAUCAUCAAAAUGCCCAUUGGCAUCGUAAAGAUAUAAAAUAUUUAACAUGGUUCGAUCGUGUGGCAGUGAGCUUUUCAAAAAUUCUUAGCACACAUGUACUGGAAAUAAAUCUAAAGCAGUUAACGGAUUAUUAUAUACAAACAAUGGAAAAGUAUGGUACAACUAACGAUUUAAGCAACUUAGAUGCAGUUGGAAGUGCCCGUCAUCGCCGCCAUCGCUAUAACAUGAUGAUGACCAUGAUGUUCGGUGUGACAGCGUUCGGCGCAGUUGUUGUACCAAUGGGAUUUCAACUAUUAUCAAUAGUAAGCGGUAAAGCAUUACUGCUGGCUAAAAUGGCAUUGCUAUUAGCGUCAAUUAAUGGCUUGAAACGAGUGGCCAAUAGCGGUAUUCACUACGGACUCUAUCACACACCUAGUGAGCAUUAUGGCAGCUAUUACGAUCGUGGAGAUGUACAUCAUCCGAGAAAUGUACCCAACUUGACGCCAAUUGUGCAACCUGUAGAAUUGAUUUGA